AGGAAGUUAAGCCUUUUGAUACUUGUUAUGUCUAUCUACAACAAGUCUUAUGUUCAUCCCUCAACCUUCAUUCUCACUGGCACUCCUGGGUUGGAGGCAGCACACGUGUGGAUUUCCAUUCCCUUUUGUUUGGUCUACGUUUUGGCAUUAGUGGGAAACCGUUCUCUUCUGUUCAUCAUCAGGACAGACUUCAGCCUCCAUGAGCCAAUGUACCUCUUCCUCUGCAUGCUGGCAGCGGCUGACCUUGUGGUGUGCACAACAGCCGUUCCCAAACUGCUCAGGCUCUUCUGGUUUCAGGAUGGAGAGAUUCCCUUUGAAGCUUGCCUCACUCAGGUCUUCCUGAUUCACUCUUGCUCAACCAUGGAGUCUGGCUUUUUCUUGGCCAUGGCAUUUGGCCGUUAUGUAGCUCUUUGUAACCCAUUAAGGCACUCGGCUAUUUUGACACACACUGUAACUGGAGAGACUGGUCUAGCUGUUGUACUUAGGGCUGUAGCCCUUCUCAGUCCUCACCGUUUCUUGCUAUGUCGGCUUCCCUAUUGCAAGACUACUAUAAUUCCCCAUACCUACUGUGAGUUCACGGCGCUCAUUAAGAUUGCCUGUGCCGAGACAAGCAUUCGCAGAGCCUACAGCCUCACUGUUGCCUUCCUCACUGGUGGGUUGGACUUCAUGUUGAUAAUUUAUUCUUAUGCCCUCAUACUCAACACAGUCUUCCACCUUCCUCCCAAGGAGGCCAGACUCAAAGCUCUGGCCACCUGCGGCUCACAUGUCUGUGUCAGCCCAGUGUCCUAUACCCCAGCCUUCUCCUCCUUCCUCACCCACAGGUUUGGACAUAAAGUUGCUCCCCAAGUACAUAUAUUUGUGGCCAACAUCUAUCUUCUUGUACCGCCCAUGGUGAACCCAAUUAUUUAUGGUGUAAGGACCCAGAAGAUACGAAAUAGGGUUCUCACAAUGUUCAGGCUCUCAAAACUUACAAGUUGA